ACCGGCCUUAAAUGUUAAAUUAAUACCCUGCGUGCUGCCCGACACGGCCAAUGUAAUAUUAACCUCUACGAGCAUAGUGCGUGUGCGAAAAAAAUUACAAAAUGUACCCAAAAAUAACCCUCUUAAUCGCAUGUUCUAUAUUUACUCAGUGAUACGUAGUUGUAUUGUAAAUAUUAUGAAGUGUAUACAAAAUUUAUUGAAUGUGUUUUUUUAGUGUUUUUUAAAUUUAUUUUAAUACUCUGGAUUCUCAUGAUAUUUUGUAUCUAAUAAAGGUAUGAAAUCCAAUGUGAAUCAAAAUGCGAAUAUCAAUUUUCAUAUGCUUUAUUCUUAGCAUAUCUGGUGUUUCAUUGGAAAGGUACAACAUAUUUGAUAUCUGGACAAAUUUAUUUAGACCACCUCAAAAUGAAAACGAAGGAUUCAUUCCCGAUUACAAUCCAAAGAAUGGACAAGAAUAUGAUUUCAUUGUCGUAGGAGCGGGCUCGGCGGGCUGCGUUGUAGCUAAUAGACUGUCAGAAGUACCACAAUGGAAAGUGUUACUAUUAGAGUCUGGAGGCAAUGAAAAUUAUUUCUCCGAUAUACCAAUAUUUGCUCCAUUCCUUUCUAUUACACCGAUGAAUUGGGGAUAUACCUCUGAACCGGAACAAAAAGCCUGUCGAGAUUUAAGAGGACACGUUUGCUACCUACCAAGAGGUAAAGUGCUCGGAGGUAGCAGUGUUUUGAACUUUUUGAUUUAUCAAAGAGGGCACCCCGAUGAUUACAACGAUUGGGUUCGAAUGGGUAAUGAUGGCUGGAGCUAUGAGGAGGUUUUGCCAUAUUUUAAGAAAUCAGAGAAUAUUAAAAUACAAGAACUUAAAAACUCAACUUAUCAUGGGUUAGGAGGAUACCUUGACAUUGAUCAUGCUCCUUACAGUUCUUCGUUAAAUACUGCAUUUAGAGAAGCCGGAGAAGAACUCGGUUACGAAUGGAAUGAUCCCAAUGGAGAAAAAUUAAUCGGGUUUUCAAAACCCCAAGCAACUAUGAGAAAUGGUAAACGAUGCAGUUCAUCGAAAGCUUUUCUAGAACCAAUAAGAUUUAGAAGAAAUUUAAAAGUUUCAAAACAUUCAACUGUUACAAGGAUUAUUAUAGAUCCCUUUACGAAUAUCGCUAAGGGGGUAGAAUUCAUAAAAAAUAAUAAAAGGAGAAAAGUUUACGCUCGGCGUGAAGUAAUAUUAUCGGCCGGGUCUAUAGGAUCGGCACAACUUUUGAUGUUGUCUGGAGUAGGACCCAAAGAACACCUUCGAGAAUUAGGAAUCAAUAAUCUAGUCAAUCUACCAGUGGGGUACAACUUGCAAGAUCACGUGACUUUCUCUGGAAAUGCAUUUAUCGUAAAUGCGAGCGGACUUUGUAUAAACGACAUAACAGCGGCUUCACCAUCAUCAGCUGCAGCCUACAUGAUGGGUGACGGGCCGCUGACCAUCCCGGGCGGUGCGGCGGGCCUCGCCUUCACUCAGACGGAGUUCGCGCGCGACCUGGCGCCGGGUCGGCCUGACAUCGAACUGGUGAUGGGCGCAGGCUCGCUCGCUGGCGACUUGCUCGGAAUAAUACGAUCUAUGCUGGGUAUCACGGACAACUGGUACAGAGAGGUUUAUGGUUCCCUACCUCUGGAAGACCGGCAGCGUUCGUUCUCCCUCAACCCCAUACUGAUCCGACCCCGCAGCGUGGGCCGGGUCACACUCCGCUCCUCGAACUUCAGCGAUCAACCCAAAAUACACCCCAACUACUUCGAACACCCAGACGACUUGCAAGCUAUGAAGGAAGGAGUCAGAUUUGCUCAACGGGUCAUCAACACAAAUGGUUUCCAACGGUUUGGCACUAGGCUACACAGCGCGCCAUUCCCGAACUGUGAAGGUUUCCUUUUCAACUCUGAUGAAUACUGGGAGUGCGCUAUCAUGCAGACAUCAAUAACAUUGGAUCAUCAGGUUGGAACAUGCAAAAUGGGACCAAAAAGUGACCCCACCGCUGUGGUAUCACCUCGAUUACUUGUACACGGUAUGCAAAGACUGCGGGUUGUUGACGCUUCCGUCAUACCAAGGAUACCAGCUUCGCACACUCAUGCGCCAGUUGUAAUGAUAGCUGAAAAAGCUUCAGACCUCAUCAAAGAAGACUGGGAAGGCAGCAUUUAGUAAUUCUAAUGAAACAAAUAACUAUGAGUAUCAUGUCUGAUCAUGUGAACUAGAUCCCCUGUUUGGAUCGCAAGAUUUUUAAUUUUACUUGUAUAACUUGUAAAUCAAAUACACAGAAGGACAACCAGUACCUAGUUUAGUUUGGACAAAUAUGUAUAUUUAUUAUUUCACAUACUAGUCAUAAUAAUUAUAAUAUUAAUUAAAGCAUUAGUUAUAGGCAUACAUACACAUAGAACAAAAACCUGUUGAUAUU